AUGCGAGCCAUGCCUACUUUUUCUGCUAUUGCUUUGGAUAGAAUGCUAGAGCCAGGGGCUUCCACAUCCGUAGAAACAGUUCCAAGCACAGCGUCGUUUUAUUCAAAGCCACCAAUAUCAAAACUGGAGAAAGGUAAGGGUAAGUUACCUAAUGAGAGGACAUUCACUCGUCCUCAGAUGUCACCGGCUCUCUACGCCACUCCCGAUGCAAUUCCUCUCCCCAACUCUCCAUCCUCUUUCCCGCCGUCGCCGUAUAUCAUCAACCACAAAUCACGCGGACCGCGUCUUUUGAAAAGCUCUUCUGAGGCCAACGUGGCUUCCCAGCAGAAGACCCUGGAAGAUGAAGCUGUUGCUGGUGAUACAAGCGUAAAGGCUUCACCUCGGAGGAAGUCCACCUCGUUCUCGUUUCCUGUAAGUGAGGCCACUGAAGAGGAUUAUGCCAAUGGAGUUCAUGCUCGUGAAGUUGGAAACUUUAGCUUUGAGGGGAUUGCUGAUGGCCCUGUUGGGAAUUGGGGUCCGCUUGACGGGGAAAAUGGGAAUGGGAAGUCGGAGUUGGAUAAUGCUGCCAAUGGUUUAGAACGGGAAAACAAUCUGCCGGAGCCUGUCACUGCCAAAGCAGACAAGGAGAGUGAGUCUGAAGACUUCUAUGACCCAGGUGAAUCAGCAAGCUUCACAAGUUAUACAGAGGGUGAUGCAGGAGAGGAAGGUUCACAAAGACUUGCUACACCUGUGGGAGAGUUUUAUGAUGCUUGGGAUGAACUAUCAACAGACAGUGGAAUGCAGAGUUCGGUUAACAACAUCGAAUCUGAACUAAGGGAGAUAAGGCUGAGUUUACUGAUGGAAAUCGAGAAGAGAAAACAAACGGAGGAGGCUUUAGAACAGAUGCAGAUACACUGGCAGAGACUCCGUGAACAGUUGGCCCAGGUGGAUCUGUUCGUUCCUAUCGAUCCUACCACCUCCACGAACAACAUGAACCUAUCAGAAGAAUUACGCUGCCAAUUCGAGGUUGCUAGGUUUGUCUCCGACUCUCUAGGCAGAGGUAUGGCCAAGGCGGAGGUAGAGAUGGAGAUGGAAUCUAUGCUCGAAACCAAGAACUUUGAAAUCACACGGUUGUCUGACCGGGUACACUACUACGAAGCCGUGAACCGAGAAAUGUCCCAACGAAACCAAGAGGCCAUAGAGGUGGCAAGACGAGAGAGGCAGAAGAGAAAGAAAAGGCAAAGAUGGAUUUGGGGAUCAAUUGCAGCAACCAUCACUCUAGGGAGCGCUGCAUUGGCAUGGUCUUACAUUCCUGCAUCAAAACCAUCAUUCGAAGCAUCACAAAGUCUUAAGGAUGAUUAA